AGAAAAAGCGGCAAACAUUAUCAUCAUCGGACAUAACUGCUCAUUUGAGUUGAUGUAACUCAAAAUGAGUGCUUCCACUUAUAUGCUUACCCACUUUCUCCCUUCAUCUCCUUCUCAUCACCGCCAUUUUCACUUCUCCACUCCAAAAGUUCAGUCUUUAAAGCCUACUACACCCUCAGCCUAUAACUUAAACAAUGGCGGAAUUGGGCUUAAAUAUAGCAGAGUUAGGUGCUCAACAAAUGCGGAAAAAGUGAAUGCUGAAGCUGAAGUUGAACAAGACCAGAAGCUAAAGCAACCGGCGGUGAGAAAAGCUUAUCCUUUUCAUGAAAUUGAACCCAAAUGGCAGCAUUAUUGGGAGGAUAAUCGCACUUUUCGAACCCCUGAUGAAAUUGACACUUCUAAGCCUAAAUUCUAUGUUCUUGAUAUGUUCCCUUAUCCCAGUGGCUCUGGAUUACAUGUUGGCCAUCCACUUGGAUAUACUGCAACAGACAUUCUUGCUAGGCUCCGGCGUAUGCAGGGCUACAAUGUUUUGCAUCCAAUGGGAUGGGAUGCAUUUGGUUUACCAGCUGAGCAAUACGCCAUUGAGACAGGAACCCAUCCAAAAGUCACUACUUUGAGGAACAUUACCCGCUUCCGUUCCCAGCUUAAGCUGUUGGGAUUCUCAUAUGACUGGGAUCGUGAAAUUUCUACCACAGAACCAGACUAUUAUAAAUGGACCCAGUGGAUCUUUCUUCAGCUAUUAAAAAGAGGAUUGGCAUAUCAGGCCGAGGUACCAGUCAAUUGGUGCCCUGCUCUUGGCACAGUUUUGGCCAACGAGGAGGUGAUAGAUGGAGUAAGCGAACGUGGUGGCCAUCCAGUAAUAAGAAAGCCAAUGAGACAAUGGAUGCUUAGGAUCACUGCUUAUGCUGAUCGCCUUCUUGAAGACUUGGAUGACCUCGACUGGCCUGAAAGUGUAAAAGAUAUGCAGCGGAACUGGAUAGGGAGGUCUGAAGGCGCAGAAAUAGAAUUUGAUGUUCUUGAUGAUGAUGGAAAGGAAAGAGACAUAAAAAUAACUGUUUAUACCACUAGGCCUGAUACCAUCUUUGGAGCAACAUAUUUAGUUGUGGCACCAGAGCAUCCAUUACUGUCAUCGCUAGUGUCUCUCUCUCAGAGCAAAAGUGUGGAAGAAUACAAAGACCUUGCCUCGCGGAAAAGUGACCUUGAGAGAACCGAGCUUCAAAAAGAAAAAACUGGAGUAUCUAGUGGCUGCUAUGCGAGAAACCCGGCUAAUGGGAAAGCGAUCCCAAUAUGGGUUGCAGAUUACGUUUUGGGGAGUUAUGGGACUGGAGCAAUUAUGGCGGUGCCUGCACAUGACACUCGUGACUAUGAAUUUGCCACUAAAUAUGACAUUCCAAUUCAGUUGGUUGUGAAGCCAGAAGAUGAAGGCUGUAGUAACUCACAAAUGGCUUAUGUAGGUGAAGGAACCAUAAUAAAUUCAUCAAAUUUGACACUGGGGCUUGACAUCAAUGGCUUGCCUAGCAAAACAGCAGCUUCUAAAGUCAUUGACUGGGCUGAAAAAACUGGAAAUGGAAAGAAAAAGGUCAAUUUCAAGUUGAGGGAUUGGCUUUUUGCUCGACAGCGCUAUUGGGGGGAACCUAUCCCAGUUGUUUUCUUGGAGGAUUCUGAUGAGGCUGUUCCACUUCUUGACACUGAUUUGCCUUUGACGUUACCCGAAUUGGAUGAUUUUACUCCUACAGGAACAGGAGAACCACCACUCGCGAAAGCUGUUUCUUGGGUUAAACUCACUGAUCCUUCAUCUGGAAAACCUGCUAAAAGAGAAACUAACACUAUGCCACAGUGGGCUGGUUCCUGCUGGUACUAUUUAAGAUUUAUGGAUCCAAAGAACUCGAAAGAACUAGUUGAUAAGACAAAAGAAAUGUAUUGGAGUCCAGUUGAUGUCUAUGUUGGUGGUGCUGAACAUGCGGUUCUCCACUUACUUUAUUCUAGAUUCUGGCACAAGGUUCUUUAUGACAUUGGAGUUGUUUCAACCAAAGAACCCUUUAAAUGUGUCAUAAACCAAGGAAUCAUCCUUGGAGAAGUUCAAUAUAUGGCCUACAAGGAUACAGAUGGAAAUUAUGUGUCUGCUGACGUUGCUGAUAUAUCUGGUGAACUUCAUCAUGAACUAAUUCCAGAGGAUAUGGUGAUGAAGUCUAGGGAUUCAUUUGUGCUGAAAAAUGACAAAAACAUUCGUUUGAUCGCUCGUUCCCAUAAGAUGAGUAAAAGUAGGGGAAAUGUUGUCAAUCCUGAUGAUGUUGUUUCAGAAUAUGGUGCAGACUCUCUUAGAUUGUAUGAAAUGUUCAUGGGACCCUUUAGAGAUUCAAAAACAUGGAGUACUAGUGGUAUUGAAGGUGUAUACCGAUUUUUGGGAAGAACUUGGAGGCUGAUUGUCGGUCCACCUUUAUUAAGUGGUGCAUUUAGAGACGGAACAGUAGCUAUCGACGAGGAGCCAUCUUUUGAACAGCUGCGUUCUCUUCAUAAGUGCAUAGCUAAGGUAACCGAAGAAAUUGAAGCAACGCGAUUUAACACUGGAAUUUCUGCAAUGAUGGAGUUCAUUAAUGCAGCCUAUAAGUGGGAGAAACUUCCAAGGUCAAUUGUUGAAGAAUUUGUUCUAUUGCUCUCACCAUACGCGCCUCACAUAGCGGAGGAGCUUUGGUUUCGGUUAGGGAACUCGAGCUCAUUAGCAUAUGCACCAUUUCCUAGGGCAAAUCCUGCUUUCCUGAAGGAUACAUCGGUAGUUCUACCGGUUCAGAUCAAUGGCAAGACACGCGGUACCAUACAGGUUGAAGAAGGAUGUUCGGAGGAGGAUGCUUUCAGAUUGGCCUCAGAGGACGACAAACUCCGCAAGUAUCUGGAUGGAACAGUGAUCAAGAAAAGAAUCUUUGUUCCAGGAAAGAUUCUAAAUGUUAUUUUGGGACCUCAAAAUGUGAAGGCUACCUUACGAUAAUCCAUUCAGAUCAUACUGGGCAAAGCAGAAACUCCAAAAUUUGUCUGUAGAUUAGAAGAAAUUAUACUAUGCUAUUUCAUAUCACUAUCUAACAUAUUCUCAUUUUUGUAUAACUUUUUUGUAGAUUGUAGAUUGAAGACAUGAUGUAACGGAAAAAUGUAUAUUUGGGUUCAUGUAUUUGUUUAUUUUUGGUA